UUAUUAAGAAACAGUAUACAGAACAUGUAUACAAUCAGAACAAAAUUAACAUAUGCCAGGGGGUGUAAUACAAAGAAUUACAAACAUUCAAAUAAUUUGUUACAUUGCCAGUGUCAUGCCAGCACCACUGCGCGAUGCAGCGCUAACAGCUGAUCCCUACUGUAAACAAAGGAUCCAUGCGCUGGGUCCCCAAACACGGCUGAAAGAGGUGGAAAAAAAGAGAGAAAGACAACCAAGACUAGCACAAAACGGUAGUCCAUGAUUGCAGAAUCUAAUUGCUAAAACUUUAGUUACAAAAAAUUACGAGAAAGUAAAGAGGAGAUAAGAAAGAAGCUCAGAAUGAGCGGAGCUGCUGUAACAGGCUGCCACACACGGGGGGCGCCGGAAGUAAGGUUUUCAGGGGUCAUCACACUGACCCUAAAGUAAUUCAUGCUAAAAAUCUCGCUCUGUUAAGGAGAUAUAUAAAUAUGAAAUAAUAAAAAUAAAUAAAAUGAGAAGGAAAAAUGCUGCAUUAAUAAUUCUGUUUCAUCUGCACUUUAGCAGGUCCUAAAAUACUCUGAUUACUACAGUGAGAGUACUCUGAUUACUGUAUGGUGGCAGGUGUCAGGACAGUGGUUAUCAGUGUGAAAACCAAAGACAAUUCAACUUUGAUAACAGAUAUAUGAUUAACUUGUUAAUUUUAAUGGCUAAAUUUCAUAUUCACAAGUCCAAAUGUUUAGGAAGACAUCCCUCUUUUUAUGUAUUCUCCUUUGAACUUGUACAGUAUCUUAAUUCAGUUAAGAACUCCACUAACCCAAAAGCUAUAAAAACUAUUGGUGUUUGUGAAAAAAAUCAAGAUCUUUCAGUCACUUUAUUCUUUGGCUUGAUCAGUUACUUUCCCCCUAGCAUAUUUAUAUUGUAGGUUCUGAAUAUUGUUUCUUUUGUUUGGCUACGGUAUGCAAUGUUUUUGUAAGUACAACACCAUCAAUGUGGUACUGUUUAAUUCUAUUUUGUAUUGUACUGAUGUUUAAAUAAAGGUUUGAAUGAAAAAAAAAAUUGGUUAUCAGUGUGAAGGUUCUGAGCGUGCUCAUACUGAAGGAGGCAUUCGAUUGGCUGUUUUCCUGAGAACUCGUUUCAUUGGUUAAUGUUGUAAACACUCCCUGUCAUGAUCAUGAUUGCUAAUUGUUAGCAUCUGUGCGUGUGAGCAGCAUGAUAAUGUCACAUUAGGUUGGGCAGUCACAUGACCUGUUUCCUGUCAUCAGGUGUGUCUGUGGAUGGAAGUGUGCAGUUCUGCAAUGGGACCAGAGCGCGUCUUACCGAGCUCCGAGGACGAGCUGGGAGAGGACGAGCGACCGACGGACGGAACGCUGCCGCCGGGUGCCAUGUGGGGUGGGGGGGAGGAGGAGGCAGUGGGGGAGAUGGAGCUGGAUGGCGAGGAGGAGGAAGACGAGGAAGAUGGCAGUGGGGGAGGGUACUACUACCAGCCUCUGAACCAGGAGCCCGACGGUGUGAACGGUGGCGAACAGCCAGAGGAUGACGAGGAGAAGCGGGGGGAGGAGACGGGGGAGACGGCCUCCCACUCUGAGCAGCUCCAGCAGGUGCAGCAGCGGAUAGAGGUGUUGGGGCUGCACCUCCCCGAAGCUCCGCCUCCUGACAGCGACGAGGAAGAGGACCCCGAAGGAGCAGCUUCUGAGAGGAGCCGUGCCUCCAUCCCCAUGGACGCAGAUCACGUCGAGCUGGUGAAGAGGACGAUGGCGGCCGUGGCGCUGCCAUCUUUGGGUGUGCCGCCGUGGGCGCGGGAGAUCUCAGACGACCAGUGGAAGGACAUGGUGCGUGACACGCUGCAAAGCCGACAGAGCGCCGCCGCCCUGCGCAAACCUCCCCGGGCCCUGAACGCACCACAAGAACUACAUCAACUCUGAACUCUGACUGUCCUUGAAUGCACCACAUAGACAUCACCAUCACCGGGGGACCCUGAACGCAUCGCGGCCAUUCCUACAGAUUAAUGGACUGAGCACAGCACAACCACUUCGGGAGCCCCCAGGUGACAUUGGACACCUGAGCUGAGCUCACCUGUAGCUCAUUAUGACCACUUCAGGGCCCACAGAUAAAUACAGUGCUUUGUUUCUCCAGAAAAGUGUAAUUUAUUGAAGCCCAUAAAGAUUCCAGGUGAUCAAUAUGGUAAUUAUGAAUAAUCAAUUAACAGUUUCAGUGAGUGAUUGUUCUGGUGUUUGUUUAUCACUGGAUAAAAAGUUAGAUAUGUAACUGACAAUAUCGUUUUCUAACUUUAAAAUCAUACAGAUAUAUAAAUCAGUUAUUGAUCGGAUCUGCUGAUUGGUGGUAAAAUAUCAGUUAUUGAUCACUGUUUGAUAACUCAUGCCUGACUUAUUUUGCACCUGUGUGAAAACACCGUCCUUUCUUUCCCUUUCCAAAUAAAAGCGUCACACCGGUGCACAGUGUAAAUGUAGUUUCACUGGAACAUUUUUUUUGUUGUCGCUUGUUUUUAAACUCAAGUGGAAGAUCAAAUAAAGUCUGACUUCAAUGUU